AUGUCGCUUCUAACCACCAAGCAGCGAGCUGAGCUCAACAAAGCCAUAUUUCAAUAUACCCAGGCGAAAAUAGCCGCAGCUGACGAUGCUAACGAUCAACUUCUACCGAUGCUAGCAGAGCUUCUAGAGAUCAAAACGCCCAACGAUGAGAUUGUUCCCAACUACUUGGAGAAAAAAUGGACGACCGUGGUCCGCCUUCAGAAAAGAAUCCUAGAUUUGGAAAACGAGGUCGCCUCCUACAAACUGUUACUAGAGACCCUGGCUCAAAGUGGAUCCAACGGGUCCGCCUUGGUGCUUCCUCGAGAUAAACUAGAUUGGAUCCCAAAUGUCAACACCACCACUUACAAAACACUGUCUACGCAACUCAUCAAUUGUGUGGCGGUGCAUCCUGUUCUUCCCUUGGUUGUGGCAGGCGCCUCUGAUGGUAGCAUUAUCGCAUGGAACAUGGUCCACGAUUCCCUGGCAAUUCCACAGAAAAUAGUGACAGCUCACACCCGAAGCGUCACAGGGCUACGGUGGCUGCCUUCGCCGGCAACAUUGGUCCCAAAUGGGCCUCAAGAAUGGAUAUUGGCGUCCUGCUCUCUGGACCUCUCUGUGAAGAUCUGGGAAGGUGACUCGUUGAAGCACGUACGUACGCUUUCUGGCCACGAACACACCGUUUCGUCUGUGGCGUUUCUGCCGACGAAUCCGCUCGUUUUGUACUCGGUUUCUCGUGAUCUUUCUGUCCGUGUAUGGGACGUUGCCAAUGGUACUUGCACUAGGAAGUUUGUCGGCCACAGCGAAUGGGCCAGGGAUGUGGACGCAGCGUCCGUGGAGCAACAUCUUGUCGAUGCCGGAACAUCGGGCUCUCUAGGCGACUUCCUCCUAACAUGUUCCAACGACCAGUCCAUAAGAUUAUCGCAUGCAAGCUCCGGCAUUGGUCUUGCACUUCUUUUGGGCCACACGCAUGUCAUUGAGAGCGUCAAGUUCUUGCCGCUUCUCUCAAAUAAAUAUCUAGACGGCUUUGUGCUCCUGAAUCUCGACAAGUUUUCGUCGUUGUCUGAGGACAUUGUGAAGAACCCGGCCUAUGAGGAGAACUUGGGUUACAAGUAUUGUGUUUCUGCUGGAAGAGACUCCUUGAUAAAAUUAUGGCUCUUGCCACCGCCUACUCUACGUCCGAAUCGCCCACCUGCUCCGUCAGAGCUCAACAACUCCCAGGGUUGGCACUUGGCAGACCUUAUAGGCCAUCAAUCGUGGGUUAAAAGCCUCAGUGUGCACCCUCUGGGUCGCUACUUAUUCAGUGGAGGAGACGACAAGGCGGUUAGAGUAUGGGACUUCUCUACUUUGGUGGAUAAGGGGCAGGUUCGUUGCAUCAAAACUUUGACGGCGCAUGAGGGAUUUGUCAGUUCGGUUCAUAUGGCCUCAGAAGACAGAGGAAGCUCUAUUGAAGAAAAUUGA